CAUGAGUCAUAGCGCGGGGGCAUACAUGCCGUUGUACAGGAACUUUGUGCUGGUGUGGUGAUUACACCCUUACAGAACAAACAUGGUGGAUGAUAUGAAAGCAAUGGGGGUAACACUAGCGAAAUGUGCUGCUGUUGAUCUGGGCGUUCAGUGGGUCGGUUGGGCGCUUGCCUCUGCUAUGAAAACAGAAAAGUUUUUCGAUUUAGCAGGGUCUGGUACCUUUGUAUUGUUGGCCCAUCUGAGUCGUAUAUGGGGAGGCACGAGACAUUUGAGGCAAAAUGUACAGACUGGCCUUGUUACUGCAUGGGGACUGAGACUUGGGACAUUUCUCUUCCUCCGGAUCAUGAAGGAAGGACAGGACCGCCGGUUUAACAAUGUCAGAGAUAGCCCUAGGGUAUUUUUUGUGUACUGGACCCUGCAAGCUGUGUGGGUGUUUGUCGCCCUCAUGCCCACCCUCAUUCUGAACACGGAGCAGAAAGACAAGCCAUUGGGCCCUCGUGACUACGCUGGUUGGUUGAUAUGGGGGCUGGGGUUUGCCACAGAAGCCAUUGCUGACCAGCAGAAAUGGAAUUUUAAAAAUGACCCUGAUAAUGCUGGUAAGUUUAUCCAGCAUGGGCUAUGGGCUUAUAGCAGACACCCAAACUACCUGGGGGAGAUCUUGCAGUGGUCAGGUGUAUUCCUGUCUGCGUCUUCGGUCAUGCGAGGCCCUCAACACCUCAGUGUGGUGUCUCCUCUCUUUGUCUGGUUCCUGCUCAGACAUGCGAGUGGAAUUCCCAUUUUGGAGAAACAGGCCAUGAAGAAGUGGGGAGCUGACCCUGCUUUCCAGAACUACAUCAAGAACACCCCCCUCCUUUGGCCCUUCCCUUUGUUCUGAAACCUGAGGAUACUUUUAUCUUUUGCAUGGCUGAACCAUAUUUUAACUUUUGACUAUUGUGAUCUAUUUUGAUGAAGUUGAAAUAGCUAUGGUUUUAGUUUUUUGUGUUAAUUUACUCAUUUAAGCAUGUUAGGACCAUUGACAAGUAAAUGUAUGAAAUGCAUAUAAAACACACAAAAUACAGUACUUAAAUAAAAAAAAAAUUACUGAAUAUG